AUGAAGACGACCAACAGCGCCAACGGCAUCUCGUUCAAGUCGCAGUUCCUCUACCUCGUCGUCUACGUGACGCGCUACAUCGACCUGCUCUGGACCUUCUACGACCCGGGCUUCCUCUACAACACCGUCUUCAAGGUCAUCUUCAUCGCUUCGUCCGCCUACACCGUCUACCUCAUGCUCAACGACUACCGCCCCACGCACGACCCCAACCUCGACACCUUCAAGGUCCACUACCUGCUCGGCGCCUCGGCCGUCCUGGCCGUCUUGUUCCCCUACAAGUACACUAUGACUGAGAUCCUCUGGGCCUUCUCCAUCUGGCUCGAGUCCGUCGCCAUCCUGCCCCAGCUCUUCAUGCUGCAGCGCACGGGCGAGGCCGAGACCAUCACGACGCACUACCUGUUCGCGCUGGGCGCCUACCGCGCCCUCUACAUCCCCAACUGGCUGUACCGCUACUUCGCCGAGGGCUACGUCGACCCCAUUGCCCAGAUCGCCGGCAUCAUCCAGACCAUCCUCUACUCCGACUUCUUCUGGAUCUACUACACAAAGUGA